AUGAACUUUGAACUACUUCUUGCAUCGCUGAAGGAAGACGAGCGCAAUCUCAUAGACAAUGAAUGUGACUUGGAGGAGCUUGCUAUUAUGGCAAAGCAUUACUACUCGGACCUGGACUACAGAUCCCAUCUGUUUAGGGACCUCGCAACUGAGAAAGCCCCAGUUGUCAAUUACUCCAUAAAUGGCAACAAAUAUAACAUGGGGUACUACCUAACAGAUGGGAUAUACCCUACAUACGGUGCCUUCGUGAAGAGUCUUAACGAUCCUAGGACACCAAAGGAAAAGAAUUUCGCGAAGGCACAGGAGGGGGUAAGAAAAGAUGUUGAGCGCGCUUUUGGUGUCCUCCAGGCACGUUUUGCCAUAGUCUCUGGACCAUCCAGAAUGUGGGAUAGAGACACUCUUCAUGAUAUUAUGACAGCAUGCAUUAUAUUGCACAAUAUGAUUGUUGAGGAGAAGAGAAAGAGCAUGGAAAUCGGUCAUGCAGAUAAUAGUGAAAGGAUAGCAGACGAAAGACAGUGUAUCGAUAUCGAUCCUGUCUCAACUUUGCCACCUGUGGUUUCUGAGACAUCUGGAAAUCCGAAACCGAGACCAGCUCUUCCAAUUGAGACAGGAUUUGAUUGA